CCCACCUUUGUGUGUGUUCACAUCACAGGGAACCUGCAUUGUGUAGAAUCUCCCAAAAAGUUUGCGUAAUAAAAAAGAUCAAACAAUGUCAAGAUUUUGAUGAAAAUGGCGUUCGUAUGAUUUUAAACUCGCACAGAAUAAUAGCUUUGGUGGAACAAUUUUUGCCUUUUUGUGUGCCCUUUUUUUUCCCUUUUCACCGCUCGCGCGUAUUUGGUCCUUUCUUAAUGGAGAAAGCCAUAUUUCCUCCUCGCUAUUUCUAGGGUUUACUCGUUUUCACCGGCCGCUUUCGGAUCACCCUGAAACUGCUCGGGGCAUGAUUGACACGUAUUUUUGUGGGUAUUAAUCGCACGUCUUUCUAAGUAGAGCUGUCGAAUUCAGUUGACGUUAUAGAAUGAAAAUCCAAAUCUUCCAUUGUCCUCAACUGCGAAUGUGGAUGUAGCUCGACCUUCGGAGCAAGCAUUAAAUUCCAAAACAUGGAUGAUUACAGGGAAUCAGAAGCUCUUAUUCCCAACUGGAUAACUAAAAACUCAUCCGAAAUGACGGAAUCAUAUCUGUUCAUUAUAUCCUGCUUCAUUGCCGGUUUGGUAGGAAUCUUAACUAUUUUCUACACGGCUUUCCAAUGGAGAAGAAACAUUAGUCUUAGCUGGAUGUCAGCCAUAGCUCGGUCAAAGAAAAACCCGAAAGCAAAGAACAAAUCUGCAGUAGCUCCCCACACUUGGGUUCUUGAAUCAGUCACUCGGGGAAAAAGCUUAAACUGCUGUGUUUGCUUUAGGCCCAUUUCACUUUCCCAGACUCUCAGCCCAAUAGUUGCUUCAGAUAGUUUCGUACACCAUUGCAGUAUAUGUGGUGCGGCUGCUCACGUGAACUGCUCCUCUAAUGCCCACAAAGACUGCAAGUGCAUUUCAAUGUUCGGCUACAAGCAUGUGGUCCACCAAUGGGCAGUGAGGUGGACAGAGGUAACUGACCAGCUAGACGAGUCCUCAUUCUGUAGCUACUGUGAGGAGCCGUGCAGUGGAUUUUUCCUUGGGGGGUCUCCAAUAUGGUGCUGCCUGUGGUGCCAGCGCUUGGUGCAUGUCGAUUGCCAUAGUAGCCUGUCGAGUGAGACUGGUGAUAUUUGUGACCUUGGCCCGUACAAAAGGAUCGUCCUUUCUCCAUUGUACGUUAAGCAGCUGAAUUAUUCUGGAGGAAUUCUGAGUUCCAUCACUCAAGGAGCUAAUGAGAUUGCUUCUUCUGUACGUGCGAGUAUUAGAAGUCAGAGCAAGAAGUAUAAUAAGCAUGGGAAUGAGUUUUCUGGUGAGAACGGUAAUUAUAGUAGUAAUAUGAGUGAAGCUUCCGGGGAUGCGAGUGAGACGGUCAACAGUCCUCGGAGAAUAGAAGAUAGUUACAAUGGCGGGACAAAUGUGGAGAAUUCGGAUCAUCUGCAUGAGGAAAUAAAAAAAAUGGAAAAGGAAGGGAGUUUUAAGAGAAGCUCAUCGGUUAAUCAUAAGGACGGCUCUUAUGGAAUGAGGCAGAAGUAUGAACUGGUUGAUCUGCCUCCAGAUGCGAGGCCGCUUCUGGUGUUUAUCAACAAAAAGAGUGGGGCCCAGAGAGGAGAUUCGCUGAAGCUCAGAUUGAACAUUCUUCUGAAUCCUGUACAGGUUUUUGAGUUAAGCUCAACUCAAGGACCAGAAGCCGGACUUAACUUAUUUAGAAAAGUGCCCCAUUUCCGUGUACUUGUUUGUGGAGGAGAUGGUACUGUUGGGUGGGUAUUGAAUGCCAUAGACAAGCAAAAUUUUAUUUCUCCUCCACCAGUGGCCAUUCUUCCUGCCGGAACAGGAAAUGAUUUGGCCCGAGUUCUUUCUUGGGGAGGCGGUUUGCGCUCGGUUGAGAGGCAGGGAGGUCUAUGCACCCUUCUAGAUCAUAUUGAGAAUGCUGCUGUUACUAUUCUUGAUCGAUGGAAGGUAUCGAUCUUAAACCAGCAAGGAAAACAUCUUCGGUCUUCAAUAUUUAUGAACAACUAUCUUGGGGUCGGAUGUGAUGCAAAAGUUGCUCUGGAAAUCCAUAAUAUGAGAGAAGAAAACCCGGAGAAGUUCUACAAUCAGUUCAUGAAUAAAGUUCUGUAUGCAAGAGAAGGCGCUAAGAGUAUCAUGGAUAGGACAUUUGCUGACUUCCCUUGGCAAGUUCGGGUUGAUGUUGAUGGUGUUGAGGUUGAGGUUCCCGAGGAUGCGGAAGGUGUACUUGUCGCUAAUAUCGGGAGUUAUAUGGGUGGUGUUGACUUGUGGAAGAAUGAAGAUGAGAGCUAUGAAAAUUUCGACCCUCAGUCAAUGCACGACAAAGUUCUUGAAGUGGUCAGCAUUUCAGGCACAUGGCAUCUGGGAAAGCUGCAGGUUGGACUAUCCCGGGCACGCAGGCUUGCACAAGGGCAGUCGAUUAAGAUUCAGCUUUUAGCUGGUUUUCCUGUUCAAGUUGAUGGAGAACCUUGGCUCCAAACAAAGGAUAGAUUGGAGUUCCUCAACGAAGACCCCACAUGCCUCCUUUGUGGUACCGCAAACGAAUCCUCGAGUCAUCUCUUCUUCGAGUGUCCCUAUAGCUUGGAGAUUUGGAGUGCAAUUAGAGUUUGGGUUAGCCUCCGUCACAUGCCAUCUACCCUUAAAGGCGCCCUCAAAUGGACUAAAAAAGAAGGGAAAUGUACGACUUGGCGAGCCAAAUUGAAGAAAGCUGCGCUUGCGGCAACCGUCUACUUCAUUUGGAACGCACGCAAUAGAUUGAUUUUUGAAGGCGAAAGUCAACCUCCAAGCCUCGUGAUUAGAAAGGUAAAAACACAUGUUUACCGCACUAUCUUUGCUAUCUACCCGAGUGUUCUUGCCGAAUUCGAAAGGAGAUGUUUUGGCCUUGAAUUUUGA